UUGCACCUCUCUGUGACGAUACGGUGAAGAUGAACUUUCUUGGUUUCGCUUUCCACUUGGCGUUGCUUGUAGCAGUUCAACUAACCACUUUUACAUGGGCUGCAACGAAUAUGACAAAAACCUCAGGAAAAGAUUAUAUUGAGCAAGGGCAACAUCUGGGUGAACGACCAGUACGUCGCAUAGUACCAAAGUGCAUCUUUAAACAUUUCUCAUUGGGUGGUUUUAAACCACUCUUUCCAGAGCCAAAAGGUGUCACUUUCAAAUCCAUUUGCCCAAAAAAUCAAUAUGCCAUUUUCUAUAACAAUGUUUGGGGAAUUCCAAGUUACUCGUUAUACAAGAUUACCGCUGGACAAGCCACGACAGUCCCAGUACCAAGACCUAAAGGUGACCCGUGGCAACCAAAUCAGACGCCGGGGAUUCAUCAAGGAAGCGAAGUAUUGUAUCGGAACCAACCAAUCCAGGGUAGAUACGAGAGAGGCCACGUCGUUCCUGUUAACAUCUUACGUUACAGCGAUGAAAGUGCUCGUGCCACUUUCACCUACACCAACUGCGUGCCGCAAAUUGCAGGUUUCAACAGAGGUGUGUGGAAAAAGUACGAAGGGAAAAUAGUAGAAUACGCCCGAGACUAUUGUGCUCCAAACGGCGGAACUCUUUACCUAAUUACUGGUACAUCACAGGUUAAAUUUGAAGAGAUACUUAAUCUUCAAGGCCAAAUAACUGGGGUGGAUAAGUCGGUGAAACCAAUGGAGUGGUUCCAUGACAACGUAAAUAUAUACCCCGCACUCGGACCAAAGAUCGCAAUUCCAAACUCAAUGUGGACAGUGGGCUGUUGUUGGAAGGAUAAUUAUGGAGUCGUGGGAGCGUUUGGGGUAAUGGGUGAUAAUUCUUUAAACCCAUCUAUGAAUGAGUUUAUGAUGUCCACACAAACCGUCGGAUACGUUGAAAAUGUUCUUCGCUUAGAGCAUCCAAACCUUAAGUUGGAAUUGUUUCCGGGGAUGAAGGGCAAGAAUUGCUAUGAACUAGGGAAAAACGUUCCGUUGGCAAACUUAUGAUUUUAUCCAUGUUCCUUGAGACUGGAUUAUGAUUAUAGAGGCGAGAAUCUUUUGGGAAUCAUGCAUGAACCAGAUUCAAAUCAAAUUAAAAUUUCUAGAGCUUGUAUUCCCAUCCGUUAGGUAAUAAAUAUACAUGCUACUUUGUCUACAGAACAAUAAAUGUUGUAAUAAAGAAGUGGAAUCAAUAGAAGUCAUCUGAGUAAUUAAAAGAAAUUUGAGGU